ACAGCACAGCGCGGAUUGGCCGGACGCUGCGCUUUGUGACGCAGGACAGUAUAGAAACUCAGCUUAGCCUGAAAUCACAGUGCGAGACUUUCCCUGCAGCACGAAGACAUCACAGCAACCAUGUGGAUGUACAUAGCGGCUCUGGUCGUCCUGUACUAUGUGGUGCGUUGGUACCGUGAGCUGGAGAGAGUUCCAGACAGAGGCAGCAAGUAUGUGUACAUCACUGGCUGCGACUCCGGCUUUGGAAACCUUCUAGCGCGCCAUCUGGACAAGUGUGGCUUUUGUGUUGUGGCAGCGUGCUUCACGGAGAAGGGUGAAGAGGAGCUGAAAAAAUCCUGCUCUAACAGACUAUCAACGGUCCAUCUGGACGUCACAAAGACUGAAAGUGUUGACAAGGCUGUGGCCUUCAUCAAGAAUCUGGUGGGGCAGAAAGGUCUGUGGGCCGUGGUCAACAAUGCGGGUGUAUCUGUGCCGGCGGGUUGCUGCGAUUGGAUGACACUGCAGGACUACAAGUCCAUGAUGGAAGUCAACCUGGACGGUGUCAUCGGAGUGACCCUGAGCGUCCUCCCGCUCAUCAAAAAGGCAAGGGGUCGUGUGGUGAACGUGGCCAGUGUAUUCGGAAGGAUCAGUCCAGUCGGGGGACCAUACUGUGUGUCCAAAUAUGGUGUGGAAGCAUUCACUGACAGCUUGAGGAGGGGCUUGCACCCCUUUGGAGUCAAAGUCCUGUGUAUUGAACCAGGAUUCUUCAAGACCAGUGUGACAGAUACAAACCUUCUAAUCAGCAACGUUAAAAAGCUUUGGGAGAAGUUACCAAAAGAAACCAAGGAGGAGUACGGAGAUGAUUACAUAAGCAAAGUGGAGAAGGUGAUGGAGGAGAGGUUCUCUAAGAUGCCGGACAGCGACUUGAUGAAAGUCGUGAGCUGUAUGGAGCAUGCCGUGUCAGCUGUGCACCCCCGCACCCGUUAUUCUCCAGGCUGGGAUGCUAAAUUCUUCUGGCUGCCACUCUCCUAUGCCCCCACCUGGUUCUCCGACUACCUGCUGCUCAAAGAUAACGUCAAACCUGCCAAAAGCGUCAUCUAGGUGCCACUUGAUUGGCUGCCUUCGUGGAGUAAGGGAUUUAUACAGUGCAGUUUGUAAAUAAACACAGUUUCUUGUUGUUUGACUCUGUUGUGAACCACAAGUGGCUGCGUUUCUAGGAAUCAUUGUAAGAAAAGGCAGAACAAAUUAAAUCUGACGGUCUGCACUUUAACUUUAGUUACCACUUAUAUUCAAAUCCAAAGAACUAAAACAGUUACUCGUGAACAUAAUUAUGCAUAAUAAUGGUUUUUUUAUAACCUUUUAUAAAAAUACAUUAUAUUUCAUAUGCAGAACUACAGAUAGGCUGUUUGAGUGCUAUGGGUACCUCAGAAAAUGUCUAUACUUUAAUGUCACUUGAUACCUAUAAUGCAUAAGUUUACACAGUAAUACAAAAACAUGUGCACAGUUACAACAAAACAUCCAGAAAAUAUCAAAAUUA